ACUUUUCUUAAACCAACAUUUGACAUUAUUCAAAACCUAACCUAAAAUUUUAUUUUGUUAUUGUAAAGUAAUGAAUCAUGGCCUGGAAAUUACUCGAAUUAGUUUAUUACUCCCUCAUAUUCGUUAUUUUACUAGCGGCGAAGACUUAUGGUAUCAAUUGCGGUUCUGAUCCAUGUAAAUGUCAGCUAAGCGAAGAUAAAUACCUGAAUUUCACCGAAUUGAAAGGUGAUAGAACCGUGGGGAGCGUUACUUAUCAUUAUUACGGGUGUAAAAAUACCGUUUUAAAUAACGAUUGUAAAGAGACAACCUUGUGCUUGGAAGAAAAAAUUAACGAAAAUACAACCAAAUGGACCAGUUUGGGUAAUCAAAAGGAUAUGCAAUUCGAAAACUCAAAGAUCGGAGCCGAUUAUGAUAUUAUUUAUAGUAAAAGUAGAAUUGGUUUGAUUUGCACAGAACAUUUUAAUGAAUCUGUAUUAGUAGAAAAAGACAUAUCAAAAGUUAAUGAGCCUGUGCUAUUUAUAUUUUCGAAUAAAGGUUGUGCAAUAAUCAUUCAACAUCAUGGGAUGAGUACAGGAGGGACUUUGGUUGUUUUAUUAUUGGUUGGAUUUGCUGUUUAUUUUGUGGGUGGAGCGAUUGUACUUUAUUGUAUUAGAGGAGCUCGUGGCAAAGAGAUGAUACCAAAUAUUGAUUUUUGGCAAAAUUUGCCUGGUUUAGUAAAGGAUGGUGUAAUAUAUUUAUUAAAUGGCUGUAGACCAACUGCUGUAUCCACUGCUGAAUCUUAUGAUCGAAUAUAAACUCUGAAAUUAUUUUCCUUUCAUGUUUUUGUGUGUGUGUGUGUUUAUUAUUAACUCCUCGACUGGAUUCAUUAGUGUAUUUAUAAAUUUUCUAAUAUAGAUUAAUAAAUAAAGAUGUUUAAAUAAA